UAUCCGUAUUCUCAGAGGUCUGUCCUUCAAUGCCGAAAAAACGAAGACAAUUUCUCCGGCUAUAUAGUUCUAGUUCGUCCAUCGACGUUUCAAUAUCGUUUUGCAGGUCAGAAAAAAUUUGAUUAUCGCAGUACUCUACCGAAAAUUGCUGGAUAUAAGCAUAUUCACCAUAAUAUCAACAAUCAUUCUGGCAAAAGAAAGUACGGAAAUUAUUCACGCAUUGUACCAACGUUGACAUCAUCAGCACUUCAUCAAAAUGAAUCGAUCCUGAAUUUAACAGACGUCUACCGGGACAUUAAAAAAACCCAGCACAUUACAGACCCUAAACAUUGUACUUUCAGUAUUGAAAAUCAGCAAAUCUCGUAUAAUAUAUGCGACAAGAUCCACGUAAUAAUUCAAGCACGUGACCAGUUUAACACUAAUAAGCAAAUAGGAGGUGAUUAUUUUCGCGCCAAAAUAUUCUCUACAACAUUAAAAGCAAGUGCGCCUACAGAUGGGGAAGUAGUUGAUCACAACAACGGUUCAUAUAGCGCAUAUUUUACACUGAGAUGGAGUGGUUUUGUGACUAUCAAUGUACAACUGGUACAUAGUAGUGAGGCAAUUGCAGCUAUGCAACGUGUACGUGAAACCAAUCCGAUUCGAAUGACAUACACUGGGAUAUUUCAACUCCGUAAAACAAAAAGAAAAGUACUAUGCCAUGUGCAACUUUCGACUGCAAAUGAAUUAUGCAACUACACUGAUAAAAUAACCGGAGAGCCAUGGUUUUGUAUGAAACCUAAGGACUUGCCCUGCUCUGCAUACUAUGGACACGUGGGUAAUUUAGGCUUAGCAAAUAAACUGACAGCAGCAAUGUUCACUCCGACUGAAAAACUCCUUUUCAG